AUAUCAUUCCACAGAGUUCAAAACUAAUUAAAACCCAGAUUUUGCAGAGAUGUUGAAGCAAGCUUCCUUCACUUUCUUUCUGGUUUUCUCUUGUUGUAUGAGAGCUGAGUCCCAAGAGUUGAAGCAUCUCACCAAUGAGCUUCAAGUGAAUGUGGCAGCAAAUAGGGUUUGGGAGCUUUAUAGGCACCUUGGGAUUUCAAGGCUUACUGCUCAAAAUCUCCAGAACGUGAUCCGUGAUGUUCAAGUUUUGGAAGGCGAUGGUGGUGUUGGGACGAUGCUCAAACUCACUUUUGCUCUAGGGAAUUCAAGCUACACUGAAAGAUUCAUGGAGGUAGAUGAUGAAAAGAGGGUGAAAGUGGCAAAGGGAUUGGAAGGAGGGUGUUUGGCGAUUGGUUGCUCAGUUCAAAUUGUUCGAUUUGAUAUUAUUGAGAAAAGCAGUGAUUCAUGCAUUAUUAGAUCAGAUAUUAGUUAUUCUGUGAAGGAAGAGUUUGAAGCUAAUGAUCCAAAGCCCAACAUUCAACUCCUAGCAGCUGCCGCACAUAUUGCUAAAACAUUUCUCGAAAGCUCAGAAACUUCUGCAUCACUUUAA